AUGUUUCCUUCACAACAAAAUUUUGAUCUGAGAUCUCAGGACACUUCAAUUUUUCAAGAAGAUCUAGCAAACGAAAAGUAUAUUUUUGCAGAUGAUCAAGAUUUAUCGGUGCUGGCUGGAAAUUGUUGUGUUUCCAGUCCUAAAGACACAAAAAAGAGGCAAAGAAAAACAUCAUCAUAUAAUCAAGAAAACAAGGAAGGGGCUAGAGCUGAUAACAAGGGCAAUAAAAUCCUGCAUAGAGAAUUUGAAAAGCAAAGAAGGAAAAAAAUGGCAAACCUUUAUGCUUCUCUUCGAGCACUUCUUCCUCUUGAGUAUAUCAAGGGGAAGCGUGCAGUAUCUGAUCACAUGAACGGGGCUGUGAAUUACAUAAAAGACAGUCAGAGGAAUAUCCAAGAACUGUGCUUGAGGAGAGACAAGUUGAAGAGAUUGUCUACUUCAGGAUCCAUUUCUGCUGAUUUGCCUAAUAAUCAUGUGACGGUGAGCCGUCUCCGACAUGGGGUGGAGAUUUUGAUAAACAGUAGCUCGAAAGAGGGAGGGUUUCCUCUGCCAAGAGUGCUUGUAGAACUGAUUAGAAGAAAGCACAAUGUAGUAACCUCUGUUUCUACAAGAGUAAAUGACAGGUUCCUCCACAGAAUCCAGAUUGAGGCCACGGUCAGCGAUCUAACAUUUAUUGAUCUAUCAUCUCUGCAAGAGAGUCUGAAUAAUGUGAUUAAUCUAUAG